GUCAACGACCGUAUCAAUGUAAUCUACACUUUUUGAGAUUGAUACUCUUAUUAUUCUACUAUACCUCAUGUUCACUUUAACUUGAACUAUCGGGGAUGCCACCACCACCCAUGGACAAUCUUCCAAUAGUCAAGCACACUCCUCAUCAUCCUCCUCAACCCACACAAAGUCUGUUACCAACAGCACCCGCUCCCUCCUCUUCAUAUCCUACUCCAGCACCGUCUACAGUACAACCUCAAGUCCUUGUCCUUCAACUCAACACAUACGUCAUAAUACCGGACUUUCCUCGUUUUUAUACUACACCUGCAGAGUCCUUUCAACCAGCUUACUAUGCAUUCAGCGAUGGUUCACUCGUAGCACCACCACUCUAUGACGAUCUUUGCGCAACUUACCUUUCCCUCAUCAUCAUGGCAUCCCUCUUCACAGUAUUCGCAAGAAAUGUUUCACUAUCAGCUGCUUUCUUAUGGACCGCUAAAGUUCGCAAGAAAAGUCUAUUGUACACUCUUUUUUUCACCCAACUUCUCGGCCCUCCCGCCCUCUUACCAUUGCUCAUCGCCCAAUUUCACACUGCUAUCAAUUGCGAAAGCGUCAUACGCCUCGCCGUUGCCUGUGGUGGAAUAUCCCUCUCUUUGCUGAUAACCGGUAUCCUAGGUGUCAAAGCUUACAGAUGCCUAGACAGCUCUCGUUUAGUUCUAGUCGCUUUGGUCUCCUUGAGGACUGCCGCACUCGUCAUCCUUAUCCUUGAUAUAGUCACCCUCACCGGUUACCGCAGUCUUUCUGGACGCUGCUAUCGACCACCAAAUGGUUUCUCAUAUGCUUUCAUCAUACUCUUGUUCGUCGAAUCACUCUUUGUCUGUCUUUGUUUUCUCUAUGCCGUUUGGAAAUCACAUGGUUCCACUGCUGUUCGCGGAAGAAUCACCGUAUCACUAUCUCUUGAUGAUAUCGUUGAUCCUCCUCCCGACACCCGAAAACAGAGCGUCGACAGUCACAAGACCACUCACAGUCUCCGCGGCUGGUGGGAUUAUGUUUCUCCAGUAGAUCAUUCAACCAGACCCCAUAGGACAGAAUCAGUCCCCAGUAUUCUCAUGUCCCCCAGAGACUGUCUUUCCAAGUUUCGUUUAGGUGAAAGAGUGCGUGAUGCGGAGAAUGUACCAUCCAGACCCCCAAUUGCCCCGCUGCCUACAGAGUACCCUCCUCGACCAUCCACAGUCCGCAUGUCAACUACAAUCGAGCCUUCUCGUCAUGACGUCUUGCCCAUUUCUCGCCGGCCCUCUUCUCCUGCAAUCUCGUCCUUGAGUCGCAUGAGUCGGUUCGUGCCCCGAGUAGCCUUGUUUAGAGAAGUUAUGAGAGAUGAAUUAUGCUACACCACCUUUAUUACCGCAUUCACCGUCGUGUCUGUCGUAAUGACCUUGCUCGGAGUCAACAGCCCCGGCGAAGUCAGCCAUGUAGCUUGGAUGGGCUUUGACUGGGUCUUGAUUUCGUGUUUGGUGAUGCACAGUUUUAGUCGCGUUAUCCGCCGGCACGAAAAUGAAGCGAUAUUACAGCAACCUAGCGCGUGGCACCGUAAUUUACGUACAGAUCGUACUACUGCAGAGCUCCUAGGGGAAGGGAGGGCAAGAACUACAAAGUCUCCCUUUGGACGAUCAUCCCAAGCACGCACCCGCCGUUGUCCGACACUUCGUCGGCAUGAAACUACUGAAGAUCCGUCCACCCGACACUACUUCCCAGCAACAACUUCUCGUUCCCCCAAAGGAGCAGAUACGUGUUUUAUUUCCCCUGUGCAUUGUCCGAUGCACAGAGUUGAAACCAGACCUCACACCAUCUUACCCACUCAUCAACCCACCCCUGAAAUUGACCCAUAUCCGUCUGAUGAUUCAUCCAGUCGUAGAAGUGAUACAAAGCACACAGGCGAAUAUCUCUUUGGGCAUCGGUAUGAUGAUAGUUUACCUAGUUUACCAUCACGUCCAGAUCAGGACGAUCAACACUCAUUGCACAGUUCAAUUGUAACAUAGACACUGCACUAGUACUUGAAAUUUACCUGCACUGUAACAGCAAC